GUAGGCACUACAAACUACAUGUACGCAACAUUGCAAAAAUAUCCAUAGACCCGUAAUCUUUUUAAAGUGACGUAUCUCCACUACCAUAGACGAAAUUUCAUGAAACGUCUAGCUUCCAUGUUUGUUCGUGGUGAUUGGUAAUUUAGCGUUUCUGUGCUAGAUUUUAUAGUUUAGCCUAAAAAAUUAAUGUUUCACUAUUGGUUGAGUGUGUGAUUAAUGAAAUUUUCGGCACUACGGCGACUUUGUGAGGAUUUGUCGCCCAAGAAACAGAGCACAUCGGCGAUAUAAUAACAGGGAGGGCUAUGGCGACAAACAGAACCGGUGGUGCGCAGCGUCCGAACGGCGCGCCGCAGACAAAGGUGUGUCAGUUCAAACUGGUGCUGUUGGGGGAGUCAGCUGUGGGCAAGUCCUCGCUGGUGCUCCGGUUUGUGAAGGGCCAGUUUCACGAGUACCAGGAGAGCACCAUCGGAGCGGCCUUCCUCACUCAGACAGUGUGCCUCGAUGAUACCACUGUCAAGUUUGAGAUAUGGGACACAGCUGGACAAGAGAGGUAUCACAGUCUGGCGCCGAUGUACUACAGAGGUGCGCAGGCGGCCAUCGUAGUCUACGACAUCACUAACCAGGACACAUUUGGGCGCGCGAAGAACUGGGUGAAGGAGUUGCAGCGGCAAGCGUCUCCGUCGAUAGUGAUAGCGCUCGCGGGCAACAAGAGCGACCUCGCUGCCAAACGUAUGGUCGAGUUCGAGGAGGCGCAGGCGUACGCCGACGAGAACGGCCUGCUGUUCAUGGAGACCAGCGCCAAGACAGCGAUGAACGUCAACGAUAUAUUCCUCGCCAUCGCGAACAAGUUACCAAAGAGCGAGAGCGGGGGCGGCGCGGGGGGCGCGGGCGGCGCGCGGCGGCUGGCGGACGGCGACACGCCGCGCGCCUCCUCCUGCUGCAAGUGAUACCGCACGCCGCCACGGGUCAGUAUACACGCACUGCACGAUACGCGCCCCGCUCGCUGGCCGCGCUACCGAUACUAAUAUAAUACAUGAGUACCAA